GUCUGUCUAUCAACUCAUUUCACUGUAUCAAGUAACCACUCUCAACUCAGUCGCUGAUUCAGUCCCCAAUUUCAAAAACCCUAAAGUCAUCCAAAGAUCGAUUGAAUAAAAUUUAAUGGAAGAAUACCCGGAGGAGCUUCGCACACCGCCAGUAGCUUUAGCAUGUUUGGUGGGUUGUCCAGAUGUCCACGCACUAAUCACAGGGAACCUGCACUCUCUGCAGCCUCCCAUAAAUACAAUUGCAUUGCCCGAUUUCUCCAAGAUCUCAGUGAUUUCCAAGGCUGCGAAAGAGAAUCCGGCUGCGGGUUCUGUCAAGCCCGUCGGUGGAAUUGUGAAAAGGGAUUGGCUUUCAAAGCAUCGGACACGGGUUCCGGCUGUUGUUGCAGCUCUUUUUAGCUCCGAUCAUGUCUCCGGUGAUCCCGCUCAGUGGCUUCAGGUCUGCAACAAUCUCGAAAACAUUAAGGCGACAAUACUGGGGAGAAACAUCAAAUUGUUGGUGGUGGUGGUUACACAAUCAGGUUCCAAAUAUGACACUAAUGAAGAUCGCAUGAUAUCCUUGAGGAAACAUGCAGAGGUAGAUUUGAAAAAUCUUAUCAUCUUUGUACCAGAUGAUCCAUUGGAGCUUAAACAAUCUCUUAACAGGCUAGGAACUGCAUGUGCUGAGCUUGCAAAUGCAUAUUACAGAGAUGAAGGGCGAAGAGUUAAAGCAUGUCUUGAAAGAAAAAACGUUGGCUCAAUAGAGUUACAUAUACGUUACUGUUUCAAAGUUGCUGUAUAUGCAGAGUUUCGCAGAGAUUGGCUUGAAGCUCUGAAGAUGUACGAGGAGGCCUAUCAUGCUUUGCGAGAGGUAUUUGAUAGGAACCUGAAAUGAUCUCACUUCGCCAAGCAAACUUAAAAGUAAUUAAUGGCUGAAACAGAAUUCUGAAAUUCCAUUACUGAAACUUGAUUACAAAAGGAACAAAUCUGCUAUAAGAGGAGCAGAUUCAUAAUGCAAAAGACAACAGAAAAUGACAAGGAUAUAUGGAUCUUCGAGAGGUCCAUUACUCUCCCAAUUGACCACCAAAAUUCUGCCUGCAU